AUCAGCGCAAGGCAUAGGUACCUAGGAAGCGCACCUCAACCGACGUCAAUCUUCCUUUUCCCGUCCCUUGCCCAACUCGAAACAACAAACCCGAUCUGACGCCUUUUCGUUGCUCGUUGCGACCUCAACAUCGCCGCCAGUCCCAGAGGCCGCCGAUUCUUUAUAUCCUCCUUUUCUCUAUGCCUAGCAUUUCUUGCUUUUCACGAAUCGAAACUUGCGCCUGAGCGCGUUAUCGGCCCAAACUAGAACUGUCACCGUCUUUUGCUUACAAACUGCACGACUUUCCCUCCUCCUCCUCCGCCAUUUAGCUUCCUUCCCGGCCUUAUCGCCGCUGCGCCGCUGUCGCCCGAUAUUUACGACCGAUACACCCCAUCGCGCCGCAUACCAUACCUUGUACACAUUCCGCACCGCCACGAUGACGAGACCGCGUCGUUCCAGCGCCGCGAGCGAGGAGAGCAACGGCACCGCCGGCGAACAGGAGCUGGGUAGCAUGUACGACUACUUGGCAAAGAUUAUCUUGCUGGGACCAAGCGGGACGGGCAAGUCCUGUCUGCUUCACCGCUUCGUCAAGAACGAGUGGAGAGUCCUGUCGUCACAGACUAUCGGCGUUGAGUUUGCAAGCAAGAUCAUCAAAGUCGGCACCGGAUCACGGCGGAAACGGAUAAAGCUUCAGCUUUGGGAUACGGCCGGCACCGAACGAUUCCGCUCCGUUUCGCGAUCAUAUUACCGAGGCGCCGCCGGGGCUAUCCUCGUCUACGAUGUCACAAAUCACAGCAGUUUCCGCGGUCUACAGCCCUUCCUCAAUGACGCCCGCGCACUAGCAUCCCCGAAUCUAUCAUGCCUAUUGGUAGGCAACAAGCUCGAUCUCGCUUCCGACCAACUUAUCGAUACAAGCCUUCCUCCGCCAACACCGAGCAGUGUCGGCUCCAUGUCGUACUUUGCAAACGGCUCCGUCGGAUCAACGGGGACAAGCCUGCCAUCGCUCGGCACGCAGCAGAAGGCCACGGAGGCGCCGGAAGGGCGUGAAGUCAGUAAUGCGGAUGCGAACAGAUGGGCAGGGACGGUCGGGAUCCCGGUGGUGAUGGAAUCGAGCGCGUUCAAUGGCGAAAAUGUUGACGAAAUCUUUGCAAGGCUCGCUAGAAUGAUCCUUACCAAGAUCGAGCUGGGUGACAUCGAUCCGGACGACCCGAUGAGUGGCAUUCAAUACGGCGACGGAUACGGAGGCGGAUGGAAUGCGGGAGCCAGCGACGGCGCGAGCAUCAAGAGUUCCAUGACUGGCGCGACACUCGAUGAAGCGGCGGGAGGCGUCCGCAGACGAAGAGGCCGACGAAACACGCGCAGCGGCGCAAACUGGGGGCUGAGAGACUGGGAAGAGGUCUUUACCUUGUCGAACCGACGAAGAGGGGGCAACUGCUGCUGAGGUGUUUUUGCCGUACGGUGCCAUAAGGUGCCAUAAGGUGCCGUAUGGUGAAAGAGAAGAGACGAAACUUGGAUUCUUGCUGGCUGGUAUCUUUGGGCGUGGAGUUUUGCGAGGCGUCUUUAUUGUCCACGGGAUGGUCCAUCACGGGACCGGAUACUAAGGUACGGGCUCGAGGGUCCGAGAUUAGCGUUGUAUUUGAUUUUGAUUGACGACGAAGGAGCCACGUUCGCUUCACAGGUCGAAGUUGGGGGAGCUGGCGUUACGGGAUAGAUACCUUGCUCCCAGAUCGGAGCUGGUCGCACACAUACACGCUUCGCUUUCACAACUACAUACAUUAAUGACACCUUUUGGAACAUGC